UCAUCACCACCAUCACUCCUCCCCACACACACACACACACAGUAAGACACUCCAAUUUGGACUCUGUUGUUUUCUGUCCACUUCCGUCCAACGUCUGUCACCAGGAUGUCCGACAAAAGUGAGCUGAAGGCCGAGCUGGAGAGGAAGAAACAACGGAUUGCACAGAUUCGCGAAGAGAAGAAGCGAAAAGAAGAGGAGAAGAAAAAGAAGGAUGGAGAUUCAAAGCGUGGAGCUGAGUCAGGCGGUGGAGGAUCUGGUGGCCAUGAAGACUCUGACCUGGAGAGGAAGAGGAGGGAGGCGGAGGCCCUGCUGCAGAGUGUUGGCAUCACCCCUGACAUACAGCAUGCUCAUCCCCUAAGGGUAGUAACAGAAGAUACGUGUGUGUUUCACUACCUAGUCCCUGCCCCCAUGUCUCCCUCCAACAAAUCAGUGGGCAGUGAUGCAGGAAGCCAAGAUUCUGGGGAUGGAAACGCAGGACCAAGGACAUUGCAUUGGGAUCCUGACCCUUCUACUCUGCAACUCCACUCCGACUCUGAGCUGAUGGGACGUGCAUCUGUAAGGCUGGGCAUGUCCAAAGUGACCCAGGUGGACUUUGUCCCCAAAGAAAUGGUGUCUUACUGCAAAGAAACACAGACACCCACCGAGGCACUAACACAUGCUGAUCAAAAAGCAGAUGAGGAAGAGGAUGAGGAGAUAACUGCUCCCCAACCAGUGGAGGACACCCAGGAGAAAGAUGAACAUGGUGAACAGCAGGAAGAGGACACUCCCAAGGAGCUGACAGAAGAAGAGAAGCUGCAGGUCUUGCACUCGGAGGAGUUCUUAUCUUUUUUCGAGCGAGGCAGCAGAAUUGUGGAGAGAGCUCUUGCUGAGCAGGUGGACGUCUGCUUCGACUACAGCGGCAGAGAUCUGGAGGACAAGGAGGGUGACUUGCAGGCUGGUGCAAAGUUGGUUCUGAACAGACAGUUUGCAGAUGAGCACUGGACUAAGAACAGAGUGGUGACCUGUCUUGACUGGUCUCCUCAGUUCCCAGAACUGUUAGUGGCCUCAUACAACAACAACGAUGAAGCUCCCUAUGAGCCUGACGGCGUGGCACUGGUCUGGAACAUGAAGUACAAGAAGGCCACACCUGAGUACAUCUUCCACUGCCAAUCAGAGGUGAUGUCUGCUGGAUUUGCAAAGUUUCACCCCAACCUGGUGGUGGGUGGGACGUACUCUGGACAGAUUGUCUUGUGGGACAACAGGAGCAACAAACGCACCCCUGUUCAGAGAACACCGCUGUCUGCAGCUGCACAUACACACCCAGUCUACUGUGUGAAUGUGGUAGGAACCCAGAAUGCCAACAACCUGAUCAGCAUUUCCACUGAUGGCAAAAUGUGCUCCUGGAGCCUUGACAUGCUCUCGCAGCCACAGGACAGUCUGGAGCUCGUGUUCAAACAGAGCAAGGCCGUGGCUGUCACCUCCAUGGCUUUCCCUCUGGGAGAUGUGAACAACUUUGUAGUGGGAAGUGAAGACGGCUCUGUCUAUACUGCCUGUCGCCAUGGGAGUAAGGCUGGUAUCACUGAAGUGUUUGAAGGGCACCAUGGUCCAGUGACUGGGCUGAGCUGUCACAGCGCUGGUGGACCUGUCGACUUCUCUCAUCUCUUCAUCUCCUCCUCUUUUGAUUGGACCGUCAAACUGUGGAGCACUAAAAGUACUCGUCCACUGUACUCAUUCGAGGACAGUUGUGACUACGUCUAUGAUGCAAUGUGGUCUCCGACACACCCUGCUCUUUUUGCUUGUGUGGACCUAUCAGGACGACUGGACCUGUGGAACCUCAACAACGAUACUGAAGUUCCCACUGCCAGUGUGUGUGUGGAAGGGUCUCCAGCGCUGAACCGCGUGAGAUGGGCUCACACUGGGAAAGAGAUCGCUACUGGGGACUCAGACGGACAGGUGCAGGUCUACGAUGUAGGCGAGCAAAUCUGCGUUCCCAAGGCCGAUGAAUGGACGCGGUUCGUCAGGACACUGGCCGAGAUCAACGAGAACCGAGAUGAAGCUGAGGAACUCGCCAAUGUGUAAUGUCACAAACCAACCCUGCAAACAACCACUGACAUGUUACUACCAUAUACACUUACAGCGCACUACAUGGACACUGCCUGAGGAGCUUUUCUCUUUUCUCUCUGGACCCCGACUUUUCCUCUCACUACAACAUGAACUGGUCUUGACGAGAUGAGCAGAGCUAGAAUGGAUAGAAAAAGAGAUCUAGAUGUGUUUUUAAAUGUCAUUGAGGGUAUAUUUGUAGAAACGGUGAAUGUGAUAUGUAGCAGUAGUUGUACAAAAGUGAAGUGGUUGAAAGUUUAACUGAAAGGAAAACACUUACUACUCUAGCUUUGACAUCUCAUCCUCAGGGCUCUGAAAACCGCUCUUCUCCUGAGGUCUCAACAUACUCAGCCCUUUUUAAAAUAUGCAAUCCUUUGUACUUGCACCUUUUUUAAUUACCAUUGUAGUGUUUUUACGUGUUUAAAUAUUUUCUGGACACAUUUGUGCACAGUUGCAGAGCGUUUCAGGUGAGUGGAAGAAACAGCUGACAUAGUUUCAUUUCCCCUUUAAACACUGCAGCUCGUAAAAGUCAAACAGAACAUCUAUCUAAACACACUGUGGCUUGUGCAGAAAUGUGUCACACUUACAUUUUAACAAUUACAAUAUUUAAUAUUUAUUGGCUGGUGGCACUUAAAUAUUGUGUAUUUAAAAAUGCUGCUUUGUACUAAGAGCUUGAUUAGGGACAUUCCUCAAAUUACCGCAAGCUUUUUACCAGGCAAAUUCAAACUACACUUGCCUUGAAUUAUUGACACUACUACAGUUAAGUUUGUUUUCCGAUUAACAUGCUGUACCCGUCUUAAGUAGUAUAAGUUUUGACAUGUCCUCUGUAAGAGGAUUCAAAAAUAAAUAAAAUGAAGUUAUUUAAAUUA